UCUAUUAAUGAUCAUAACCCAAUAAAAAUCUAGGACAAUCACAUAAUUAAUACAACAGAUCUCAGAUCUGCUAGUACUACAUGUAGACCUAGCUGAGUUCUUUAAUAAAUAUAAUGUCUUGUAAGUCAGGCUGUGAUGAGUUUGAGAGGAGGUGGUGCUGUAAGUGCUGGGUCACUAAGAUUCCUCCUCUGUGGGUCGUGAUCUGUGCUGCUAUUCUUGUACAGAUUGGUUUUGGUCUCUACCCGGUUGUAGUGGAGCUGUUUGCAUUCAACAGCGCUAAGAAAGCCGACCCAUACAUCUUCAGCUUCUACAGAGAUGUAGCUGCUUUUCCAGUUCUCCUGCUUUGUACUCUUGUGGCAGAGAGAAAACUCAUGAUCCCAAGCUGGAGAAUGCUACUGUUAUUUGCUGUGCUGGGCUUCACAGGAAUGUUUGCUGCACAGUUGUUCUAUAUUUCUGGAGUGAAGUUUCUGGGAGCUGAUAUAGCAUCAGCGUAUCAGCCAAUAAUGCCAGUGUGGGCAGUACUACUGAGUAUGGUCACAUGCACCGAGAAACUGCCCAGGGCUGUACACUUGCACUCUUGGGCGCGGUUUGUGGGUAUCCUGCUGUCAGUGGCUGGGGCCAUCGAGGUGGCACUGACGGGGGCGGAUGAUGAGUCAUCGUACAUCACACCCGCCAACGGAUCCAACUCCACUGACCCAGGUGAUAGGGGGACCGGACAGAAAUUUAUAGGGUACAUUAUGGUCUUCUUCAAUACGUUUCUAACAGCGACCUACGUCAUUCUGCAAAAGAGAUUUAUCUUCAAGAAAAUGGACUGUAAAUGGAGAGAGCAUCCGGUUGCCGUGACGGCAUAUAGCUAUGGAUUUGGAGCAUUGUUCAUGGCAAUAGCCUCACUCUACUUUGUCUUCACUGGACAAACUGAUGCCUUCUACCUACCGCCAGAUAGUAUCUAUGCUCUAGUGUAUGCCAUCUUUGUGACGUCUUGCCUCUGCUACCUUCUCCUCACAUGGGCCAAUCUCCAUCUCUCCUCGGCCAUCGUGACAGCAUUCUGGCCAUUGCAGGUGUUGGUGACUGGUAUUGCUGCGUUCCUAUUGGUCGGAGAGUCAUUUGCCCCCUGGCAAUAUGUAGGGACAGUGGCCCUGCUAGCUGGGCUGCUCAUGGUACUCUUCUCAAGCUACAUGGAUGAUAGACUGAGUUCGGGCAAACGAGUCAUCAGACUGGAUGUCUGCUGCCUUAGGUGCUGUCCUAAGAGACGAAUGGCCAACAGACGACUGGUCAACAUUGAAGACUUCGUGUCUGUCAACAGAGGUGACGAUUCUGAGGCCUCCACCAAGUUAGCAGAGAGCGAGGGAUUACUGGGGACGAGUGGGAUAGGGUACGGGGCAGCCGAGACUGGUCGUAGUCACGGUGACAAAGACAACAAGAGAUGACAGACGUACGAAAGUGUAGUUGUGUCAGGACUGUUUGUGAUUUUUAGUUAAUUUUCAAUUUCGAUCUUCUUGUAAUCAAUCAUCUCUCAAUGUAAUAAUAAUUAUGAUUGUGUUAUCAAUUGCCAUAA